GCUAAACCGACAUAAACGUGUCUUAUGGCGAUUCGUUUAGAAGCCUCUUCUCGAUGGAUGACAGAGAACUUUAGAGCAACGAGGCCAAGCCAGAGACAACAAUCCCAUACUCUAUAUUGCACAGGAAGGUAAGAUUGAAAAACUCACAAUUCCCUCCUUUCUUACACCCUAAAUCAUCUCUGCUACACCUCUCCACUCCCACUCCAGUGGAAGCCUAGUUUCCGAGAUUCGAAGGCAUUGUGUUUUUACAGAUGUCGCCAUGAAAUCAAGGUUCUCAGCUUGAUUUCAGAGCAGUAGCGUUUGUUGCAGAUACCAGAGAUGAACGUUCCGGCCACCUUCCGCGAUAGUUUCUCUCCCAUUUUGCAUUGUAGCUCUUGCUGUAAUCUUCGUUUCCAUCCAGCUAUCUCGUCUUCACUUGCUGUAAGGAGGAAAGGUUUCACACGGCGCCAUUUGCAGGAAAUUUCUAUUUCAGGAUUGGUGUUUCAUAGGAAGCGAGGGAUUGUUUGCCGAGUGACUGGGACUGAGACAGAGGCAGAAAGUAACAAUGAUAAGGAAAAACAAAUACCUAAAGAUAUAGAAGCGCAACUAUCCAAUGAUCGAACUACGCAAGCUAAUCUACAAGACUCUCUGCCUCCUGUUGUUGAUGAAGACAAGGAAGAAUUAGCCAGGAUUGGAAUGCUAGAUUCAACGGAUGCAGUUGAAGAAAGCAGUGGAGAAACUAAUGAUCAAAUUGACUUCCAGGAGAAUGUUGAUCUAGAAGUUGCAAGUGGAUCUCCUCUUCCAGGUGUGAAGCAAUUGGGGGAACUGGUCAGAAUCCCAAAGGAAACAAUUGACAUUCUUAGGGACCAAGUAUUCGGUUUUGAUACCUUUUUUGUGACAAGCCAGGAGCCAUACGAGGGUGGAGUAUUGUUCAAAGGGAACUUGCGAGGGAAGGCUGAUAAAAGUCAUGAAAAGAUAACAAAAAGGAUGCAGGAUAAAUUUGGGGAUCAAUAUAAGCUUUUCCUUCUCAUCAAUCUAGAGGAUGAUAAGCCGGUCGCCGUAGUUGUUUCAAGAAAGACCUUGCAGCCAGAGACAACUGCGGUCCCAGAAUGGUUUGCUGCAGGUGCUUUUGGACUGGUCGCUAUUUUCACCGUACUUCUCCGCAAUGUACCUGCACUGCAAUCAAAUUUACUGUCUACUUUUGACAAUCUUGGGUUAUUGAAGGAUGGCCUCCCUGGAGCCCUUACCACUGUACUUGUUUUGUUUGCACAUGAACUUGGCCACAUUUUAGUUGCUAGAAGCACUGGAAUUAAGCUUGGAGUGCCGUACUUUGUUCCUAGUUGGCAGAUAGGUUCCUUUGGUGCCAUUACGAGGAUUGUUAGUAUUGUGCCUAAGCGUGAGGAUCUUCUAAAGCUUGCAGCAGCUGGACCUUUGGCCGGAUUCUCUGUUGGUCUUGUUCUUCUGCUCUUAGGGUUUAUCUUACCACCUAGUGAUGGUUUUGGCAUUGUAGUUGAUGCAUCAGUCUUCCAUGAGUCCCUUCUUGUAGGUGGCAUAGCAAAGCUUCUCCUUGGAGAUGCACUCAAAGAAGGCACUCCCUUGUCUGUCAACCCGCUAGUAAUACAAGCAUGGGCUGGACUUCUUAUUAAUGCCAUCAACAGCAUACCUGCAGGGGAGCUUGAUGGGGGGCGCAUUUCUUUUGCUCUAUGGGGAAGGAAGGCCACGUCUCGUGUCACGGCUGCCUCCAUUGCUUUGCUGGGAUUAGCUUCAUUGUUUAAUGAUGUGGCCUUCUAUUGGCUUGUUUUGAUAUUCUUCUUGCAGAGAGGGCCAAUUGCUCCGCUCUCUGAAGAGAUCACUGAUCCUGAUAACAAGUACAUUGCUCUUGGCAUUUCAGUUUUGCUCUUGGGUCUGUUUGUAUGUCUUCCAUACCCGUUUCCUUUCACAAGUGAAGCCACUUUGAAUUUCUAGUAAUAGAAUCCAUUUAUACAACCCUUCUGGCCUUUUUAUGAUAUUAGAGUCGGUGCUGCUACCAUGAAUUUUUCCAAGGAAAUGGAUCAGAUUUUCUUUUGGUCU